UUAAUUCUGCUACGAUUCUGUUUCUCUCUUGACUUUCCAGGCAAUAUCUUACCUGCAUGCUCAGUGUCUCUGGACUAUGGCCGUACCACACAAUAUCACAGAGUUUUUCCUGCUGGGACUCUCACAGAACCCACAAAUACAGAGAGUUCUCCUUGUGGUCUUUUUGAUAAUCUACGUGAUGACAGUUUGUGGCAACAUGCUCAUUUUGGUCACCAUCAGCUCCAGUUCUACGUUGGCCUCCCCCAUGUAUUUUUUCCUGGCCAACCUGUCCUUUAUUGACACCUGUUAUUCAUCCUCUCUGGCUCCUAAACUCAUUGCCGAUUCCUUUUAUGAGGGGAGGGCCAUCUCUUAUGAGGGCUGCAUGGCUCAGCUCUUUGGAGCCCAUUUUUUGGGAGGCGUUGAGAUCAUUCUGCUGACGGUGAUGGCCUAUGAUCGCUAUGUGGCCAUCUGCAAGCCUCUUCACUACACAAUUAUCAUGACCAGGCAUCUUUGUGCUGUGCUGGUGGGGGUGACUUGGCUGGGGGGCUUCCUGCAUUCAUUGGUUCAGCUGCUCCUGGUCCUUCAGUUGCCCUUCUGUGGGCCCAAUGUGAUCAAUCACUUUGUCUGUGACUUGUACCCUUUGCUGGAACUCGCCUGCACCAACACAUACGUCAUCGGUCUGCUGGUAGUGGCCAACAGUGGUGUGAUCUGCCUGCUGAACUUCCUCAUGUUGGCUGCCUCCUACAUGGUCAUCCUGCGCUCCCUGAGGUCCCACAGUGCAGAGGGGAGACACAAAGCCCUCUCCACCUGUGGCGCCCACUUCACAGUUGUUGCCCUGUUCUUUGUGCCCUGUAUAUUUACUUAUAUGCGUCCUUCAUCUACUUUAUCUAUAGACAAAAACAUGGCUGUGUUUUAUGGUAUUCUGACACCUAUGUUGAAUCCACUCAUUUAUACCCUGAGAAAUGAAGAGGUAAAAAAUGCCAUGAAAAAGCUCUUUACAUAG